AGGAAAGUUUAGAGGAAUGGGAGAGUCGAGUCUGGUCUCGCAAUCUGUGCUUGGAAGGCUGCAAAACUGAGGCUCAGAAACCGGCAAUAAGGAAAUAUCGCGGAGUUUAGAUUAACAGAGUGGAAUGGAUGCGAUGAUUGGAGAUGGCAGGAUGUUGGAGGGUUCUUGCUGUUCCUUGGAGUGGGAUGUUUACUCGUCCCUCCUUAAGCACGUUGUCCGGACAACAGUCCACGCCCCCUGCUGCGAGACCCACUCAACAUGUCGCGCACACACGCAUGCGAAAGCUGAAAGCCUGAACGCAACCGCAUUCCAACCAGCCAAUCACCCGAGACAAGCGCAACCCCGAGGUUCCCAUCAGCCGCAUCGAGGGUCGCACGGAUCAUGGCACGACAGGCCAUACGGACGUAGCAGAGUAUCGUUCUGACAGGAUCGACAACAUUGAAAAAUUGACAGUGGAAUAUGUGCAGCUGAGUAUCGACUCCGAAACAGAAACAAACAAAUGCAAUGCAGUGCUCAAGUCAAGAUGAAUCCGCCCGCAACAUGAUCUAUUUACAAGCUCCC